CAUCAGUCACCUUUGGUAACCACAGCAGAACCAACAGAUUCAAGAUGAAAUUCUUUGUGUGCAUCGCCCUCAUCGCCAUCGCCGCCUCCGCCCUGGCCGCACCCAGCAGCGGCAGCUCUGCUGCCAGCAGCAACGCCGGCGGCUCUGUUGCCAACCAGGAAUCCGAGGCUGAGGGCCAAGGCUACGGGGAUCUGACCCGUCUGCGCAAGGCCGCCUAUGGCGGCAGCUCGGGCGGCUAUGGCGGCUCCAGCGUGCCAGCUCCACCUUGCCCCAAGAACUAUCUGUUCAGCUGCCAGCCCAACCUGGCGCCAGUGCCCUGCAGCGCUCCAGCUCCCAGCUAUGGAUCCGCCGGCGCUUACUCCUCGCCCGUGGCCAGCUAUGUUGCCCCCAACUAUGGCGUGCCCCAGCACCAGCAGUCGCUCUACGGCGGCGCCUACCUCCCUCAGGCCUACGGCUACCAAUACUAGAAGAUCCAUAAACCUCGAGACUUGAACUUGACACGGCUUCCAAAGCUGCCGAGACACAAAAAUCUUAGCUAUGCUUACAGAAAAUGUACAAAAAAAAUUCUAGUUCAAUUAAAUUGACAAAAAAUCUUAAA